AGCUGCUCUCUGUGUGAAACGGAAGACAUUUUGAGCCGCUGCGGUCGGUUCCAUUAUUCGAGUGUCAGCCUAAAGUCGUGGCUGACGUGCUGGAGAGUCUAGUCUCCACGUCUUGAGCUGUAAAAGUCCGUUCAAAAAAAGAACAACAACAAGACGAGCUUUCCCGAAACAGUUUAGUUUAACGGGUGCGUGUGUGUAGCAUAGCUAGCUUAGCCAGCCGACAAAAGCUAGCAAAGUCCUAGAUGCUAGUUAGUUAGCGCCACCUAGCUGGCCUCCUCCUCCUCCACCUCCUCCUUCACCUCGACAGUCGGUCCCUUUACGCAGACACAAUGGCUUUAAAACGAAUCACCAAGGAGCUAACCGAUCUGUCCAGAGAUCCUCCGGCUCAGUGCUCUGCUGGACCUGUUGGUGAAGACAUGUUUCAUUGGCAAGCUACUAUUAUGGGGCCUCCUGACAGUCCCUAUCAGGGAGGCGUAUUUUUCCUGACUAUUCAUUUCCCCACAGAUUAUCCCUUCAAACCACCCAAGGUCGCCUUCACGACAAGAAUUUAUCACCCAAAUAUUAACAGUAAUGGCAGCAUCUGCUUGGAUAUAUUGAGAUCACAGUGGUCUCCUGCAUUAACUAUCUCUAAAGUCCUUUUGUCCAUUUGUUCUCUGUUAUGUGACCCAAAUCCUGACGACCCGCUAGUGCCAGAGAUCGCCCGCAUCUACAAAACAGACCCUGUUAAGUAUAGCAGACUAGCCAGGGAGUGGACAGAGAAGUAUGCCAUGCUGUGACAGGGUACAACAAGACUGCUCAGGACUGGACUCAGAAAUACGCCAUGUGACCGACUUUCUUCUUCUUCUUUUUCCUCUUCUCUCACUGCUGGAAUAAACUGUUUGAUUUUUCUCAUGUGGCCACGCCCCUGCCCUCUCCAUCAGCCAAUAACAGCAAUUUGUUCAUAAAUUCUUAUUUUGUUUUUCUUUGUCCUACUUGCUUUUAAAUUCUUUCUUUUUUUUGUUUCUCUGCUUUUCAAAACAAAAUGAAUAAACUAGGCGAAGGCCGAGGACUCCGAGCUGUGAAUGUGCCAACUGCGAAACAAACAAAACAAACAACGCAGAGUGGACUGAAGCGAGAACUGUUACAAUAAAUAAAUAAUAAUUUAAUGCAUGUCAGUGAUUGGUUCAUGUGCUGCUGAGAUAUAUAUCUAUAUAGAUAUAUAAAAAAAGAAGAAACGACAGCCUUUGUUUUGGUUUUAUUCUGGUUUUGUUUUGUUUUGUUUUUAGAUGAGAGCCGUUAGUUUGUCCAUCCUCCGACACUGUUCUCCUCUUUUUGCACUGAAGAUGAAACUCAAAGCUCAAAGUCACCUGGACUUUUCUCAAUAAAGUUGAACAAAUUGCA